AUGGCACCUCAGGCGCAAGGUCCCUUCGAUGCGGUGCACUUCCUCAAGGGGGGGCUCGCCGGCGGCAUCUGCUGCGGCAUCACCCACGGCGCCCUCUGCCCCGUCGACGUCGUCAAGACCCGCAUCCAGCUCGACCCCGUCACCUACAACCGAGGGAUGAUUGGCAGCUUCUCGCAAGUUAUCCAGAAAGAGGGCGUCGGUGCGCUUGCAACAGGCCUCGGGCCCACCGUGGUCGGAUACUUCAUCCAGGGCUUUUUCAAGUUCGGGGGUGUGGAGAUCAUCAAGGUCAAGGCCACCGAGCGGCUGGGCACCCGGAAGGCGUGGGAGUACCGACUGCCCAUCUACCUGGGAGCGGCCGCGAUGGCCGAGUUCGUUGCGGACGUGUUUCUGUGCCCCCUAGAGGCGACGCGGAUCAGGCUUGUGUCCGACCCCACCUAUGCGGACGGGCUCGUGUCUGCGGUGCCUAAGAUCCUCAGGCAGGAGGGCGUCAUCCGCGGCUUCUACUCAGGGUUCGCGCCCAUCCUGUUCAAGCAGAUCCCUUACACGAUGGCCAAGUUCGCCGUGCAGGGUUACGCAGCAGAAAAGAUCGGCAACGCCAUCGGCAAGAAGCCGAGCGAGAUGAGCGACGCCACCAAGGUCGGGGUUUCCCUCUCAUCGGGCGUUAUCGCCGGUGUCGCAGCGGCGAUCAUCUCGCACCCGGCGGAUAGCCUCCUGUCCAUGGUCAACAAGGAAGAUGAGAAGGUGACUUGUUUUGUGGAGUAGGCCGGCGUCGGAGAAGUGACGAGGCUGGCUGUUUUCCGAUGGAAAAAUAAUCCGCUCUCGAGUAGAAAGUACUUCGCGCGUCACGUAUGAGGUUGGUCAUAGUUGAUGCGGUCGGAGAGUUGUGUACACGCUUACACCUCCUGCUCCCACACCUCGUUCUCCCACCCUCAUCUACGAAAGUGGUUUCUUCGCAAGCAGGCGUCUCGUUUUUGUGAGGGGCGCCGACUUUUAACGCGGUCCGUCAUCACCCCACCCGGCGCUUCGAGGGCAUGGGAAAUUUUGUCGUGCUAGCGGACUUUGUCUUGGUGCUUUCGAGGAAGCAAGCCUUUGUGAAAUUAUUGCGCGGGGGGGGGGGGGGCCGCGGAACCCCCGGGGGGGGUCUCUGCCCUUUUCCCCACCUCGUUGUCUAGUGCUAGGCCUAGUCCGCUGUACAGUAUCCCAUUCUCGUCAGACCGGCAGACACGCACCCCCUUUGGGCUGGGUUUCUGUCGUGGGAGCGGAGGGGCUCCGUGAGAGGGGGGGGUCUGUGUCAGAAGACGGAAUUCUCGCAGAAGGUGGAUGUUUUAUUGGUCAAUUUU